AUGCUCGCAUAUCAAUGUCUGAGUGGAAAAUCGACCUAUCUCGUUUUCAGAAUAGCUUCACAAAAAUCAGCGCUUGGUCGUACCUCAGCCUUUCUCUCCAACUCCAAAGAAAUGACUGAUCGUUCAAAGAGUCUUAAAAAAUUUGAGCUGGAAUCAUUGAGGGAACAAUGUGCUUCUUAUGGAGUCGAAAACCACUACUUAGCUUUUAUGAAUCGAAUGCAUAUAAAUCAAUUAUACCCGUUUAUCGCCAUCCUCCUAAUUAUUACCUGUAUACAUUGCUUAUUGUUGGUAACCACACUCAGUUCAGCGGAAAGAGUGUUCAUAUAUAAUGAUAUAGCAGUGUACAUCGGAGUUCCUAUGCUGGUUAUUCUAACUUUAUCCUUCAACUUCUGCACGAAUCCAGUAAAAGGAAAUCCUUGGAUAUCGUAUGUCACAACCACUGUGGUCAUCACGCUGCUCGUGGCUAUGGACAUGUCUCUGCCAUUCAUUUGUGCACAGUGGUACAACGUCACCAAGCCGAUAUAUUACAGCUUCAUAAUAUAUUCAAUAUACGUCUUCAUGCCCGUAGCCAAUAACAUUUACGCCAUCACAAUGGCCUUGCUAGUAUCAAUAAGUUACGUAUUAUUUUUUAAACUCGUAGUAUAUCGUUGGAAAAGUGAUGGCUCUGCAAAUGCAGACCACUCGAAAACCAUAUCUGAGGCUCUAUUCAUGGCGGGCAUCAAUGUACUGGGCCUGUUUGCGCGCCUGUCACGCGAAAUAGUUACGCGGAUGAUAUUUCUGGACAAACGGCAAUGCAUAGAGGAGAAACUUCUGCUUUAUGCUGCUAAAGACCAGGAGAGAAACCUGCUCUUGAGUAUUAUUCCAAAACAAAUCGCUCAUCAAAUGGAGGAGGAUGUGAAGAUGCGCAUCGACUUAAUGAAAUAUGCCAGAACUCGUGGAAAAGCAAUGAGUAUAAGCGAGGAAGUGAGAAAACUGUUUAUAGAACCACAUGACGAUGUCACUAUACUCUAUGCCGAUGUUGUCAACUACACUCACCUAACAACUACUUUGGAUGUUCGCACGCUUGUGGGCACCCUAAAUGAUCUCUAUGUCCGGUUCGAUGACGCAGCGCAGGAAUUCAACGUGUUGCGCAUACAGUUUUUAGGUGACUGCUAUUAUUGUGUGGCAAAUGUUUCAAUACCCAAUGAAGAACAUGCCAAAGCCUGUGUAAAACUUGGUCUACGGAUGAUUCAGUCUAUACGCGAAGUGAGAGAUAUCAAGCGACUGGACAUCGAUAUGCGCAUUGGCGUACAUUCAGGUAGCGUCUUAUCGGGCGUCAUAGGCGCCAACAAAUGGCAGUUUGAUAUUUACUCCAAAGAUGUUGAUAUAGCCAAUCGGUUAGAGAGCACUGGCGUACCUGGACGAGUGCAUAUAAGCAGAGAAACACUGCAGCAGCUCGACAAAAGAUUUGAAUAUGAGCCGGGAACGCAACGGGCGCGCCUCGAUCCGUUACUGCGAAAGUAUCAAAUUACCACAUUUCUAAUAACUCCGGUAAGUGUCCGAUUGUUGGAACCAACUGAUAGUCAAUUGUCGCGCUCAUCAAUGUAUUCAAGGCCUAGAGGCAAUGAUGAGGCUGCCGAGGAAAUAAGUUCAACUGAAAGAAUGAAAACUAUGGUGGAUAGAGAGAUGGGUCGCGAGAGUAUUAAGAUGCCGAUAGAAGGCUUCAUUGUACACUACAAUAGUAUCUUCUUUGGCGAGAGAAAACGCCUCACCGCGCUUGAGAGGGAAGUAAAAAAUUUUUACUCUAACUUUUCAUGGCUUUUCAUGUGGUACAAAAACUGGCGCUUGGAGCUCAGCUAUAUGCAACAAGCCGAUAUCUUGCUUAAAUAUAGUGUGCUAGUCGCUUACAUUACAACGCUUUGUAUGCUAACAAUGCUGGCUGUUACCGAUCAAUAUGCUUUCUUUCAGUUAGAUUACGAUCGGUUUAAAAGGGAAAAUGAUGUAAUCGAUAUGCAAGAAUACGAGGAUGAUUUCGAUGAUACUUGCUUCGAUCCCUGGGCUAUCUCAGAAGCUGUAGUGUUAAACUUGAGCGUGGCUUUUAUAUUCACUCAAGUUCCGUACGUCAUAAAAUGUUUUAUGGCACUUUGCAUACUCUCAUUUUACCUAAUUAUUGCCUUUGUCGUGGAUGACUUUUUUUACGAACAUAGCAUUAGUUCGAAUCAGUACUUGUUCCCGGAAUAUGCACACGUAUUACUUUUGCUGGUACAUCUCUUAAUGUCGCCCGUAAUAACUCGGCAAUUGGAAUUUAUUUCGCGAAUGGACCACAAUUGGAAAUCUGAGCUGAAGGAACAGAAAGACAACGCCAAAUUUACUAAAAAAACUAUUUCAAUAUUAAUUGGUAAUAUUCUGCCAUCUCAUAUAGUGAGUAUUUACAUGAAGGACCAACUAACAAAUGAGCUGUACUACGAACAAUACGACAAUGUUGCUAUUAUGUUUGCAACUAUACUGAACUUCGAUGCCGAACAGGUUGGAAUGCGUGUUUUGAAUGACAUCAUUUGUGAUUUUGACCGAGUGGUAAGCGUGCCGCAAGGUAUCAAUAAGAUUGAAAAAAUUAAAGUGGCCGGUUGGACAUAUAUGGCCGCAUGUGGUCUGAGUGCAAGUAACCCAGACGCGUUGCGGUCGCAGAAUCUAAGGAAUAUCUGCGUGAGUUUUUUUAAUUUUUCCUUAUUAAUAUCAGAGCGUAGCGACUUUAAAAUGAAUGACAAGUUCAGUUGUGGGAAUGAUGUGGUUUAUGUCAUGAUGUGCUUCGCCUUGGAUCUAUUGCGCGCAAUGAGAGCUUUUAACAUGGAGAGCCGAGUACAAAACGAAGAGAAAAGCCGUAGGAUAGGUGCCUUGCGUAUUGGCAUAUCGAACGGUCCUGUAAUGGCUGGUGUGGUUGGUUUGUAUAAGCCAUUUUACGACGUAUGGGGCAAUGCUGUGAAUAUGGCUUCUCGCAUGGACUCGACCGGAACACCGGACUCAAUCCAAGUCACUGAGGAAUCUGCGCGCAUUUUAGAAUCCUAUCAAGUUCACUGCAUUUACAGAGGUGAAACUUAUGUAAAAGGGCGUGGUAACAUUCCUACGUAUUUUGUAAAUAUUAACGAAGAUUUAAGGCUCAUAAGAGAUACAGAGAAUACUAAUUUGAGUAGAAGCGGAGCAUAA